AUGUACUUGCCAACCUUCUUGGUGUCGUCACUGGCCGUCAAAAACACUGCUGACCGACUGGAACUCACCGGUCGCCCGAUGAUAUUCUCAGACCUUCGUCAUAAGGUUGCGGACUUACGCCACGUAUGGGGUCAGGUACCUCUACAACCAGCGCCCAGGCGUUUACAUCCCCCUAUCGCGUUUGCAUCAGAGGAACAGGAAGGUAGCAUUGAUCCGCACGACGUGGCUCGCCGCACGCAUCUACAGGGAAAGCUCCAGCAACAACGGAGCGCCCUUUAUCAUUCCAGUCACUUCAUACAUUAUUUCUGA